GACGUAAAUAAGAUAAUUUUGCUAAAUUAUUGUUCCCCAAUAAGAAUCGACAUAGUUUUGCUCGAGAUAAAUCCAACAAAGGAAAUCGCACACUGCAGAACAAGAUGACGGAACUUGACACAAGAAACUCAUCUGAAGACAUAAAGAAAGAUGAUGCAAUGGAAGAGAACCAAAGCUUAUUCGACUUCAGUGACACAGCCACAACAACAAUCAGUAUAUAUGGUAUGAAAUGCAACAAUUGUGUGAAAAAAAUCGAAGAGAAUAUGAGAAAAGAGCCAGGCGUGCUGAAUAUCAAAGUGCAUUUAGAUGAGAAACAGGCCAACAUCAAUUAUGACUCACACUUAACAAAUCCAUCACAAUUAACAGCUGCAAUUAAAAAAUUAGGCUUUCAUACCAAUCCAGAUGACGUAAAGAAAAUUAAGGAAACAACCGUGUACAUUAAUGGAAUGAAGUGUAAUAAUUGUGUUAAUAAAAUAGAAUCAAAUAUGAGGGAUAACAAAGGCAUUGAAAGUAUAAAAGUUGAUUUAGCCAAUAAGAAUGCCUUAGUGAAAUAUGAUGAGGCAGUGAUUAAUCCCGAAGAUAUUGUGUUAAAAAUCAUCGAAUUAGGAUUUAAAGCUAGUUCAGUUCCAUUUGAUGAAAACAGCCAUAAUGACUCAAAUGGUGAUGUAACAUUCUUACCAGUAGACAUGACUGGUAGCAUAAAUAGUAGAAUAGUCAAAAAAGGAUAUUUCCAUGUUCAUGGAAUGACAUGUGCAAGUUGUGUAUCAGCAAUCGAGAAGCAUUGUAUGAAAAUUAUUGGCGUUGAGACUGUCCUGAUAUCACUGCUUGGUGCCAAAGCUGAGAUUGAGUAUGAUGAGAGUCUUACAAAUACGGACGAGAUUGCAACAUCAUUAAAUGGCCUUGGAUUUCCAACAGAAGUUAUUUAUGAGCCUGGAUCAGGUUUAACAAGCAUAGAAAUUGAAAUUCAAGGGAUGUCAUGCUCAUCAUGCGUAAAUAAAAUAGAACAAGCAGUUCUUGGCAUUUCUGGAGUAACAAAAGCUAGCGUAGCAUUAACAACGCAACGUGGGAAGUUUGAGUUUCGAAGUGAUGAGACAGGACCGAGGGAAAUAAGUGAAAAGAUUAUUGGACUAGGUUUUGAUGCUAUUGUGAUAAGUAAUCGGGAUAAAUUAUCUUAUGGAUAUUUAGAGAAUAAACGAGAAAUAAAGAAAUGGCGACAAACUUUCCUAUUUUCACUAGCAUUUGGUGGUCCGAGUAUGAUUGCUAUGGCUUAUUUUAUGGUUAUGAUGGAGAUUGAAGGACAUGAGAAUAUGUGCUGUAUUAUUGGUGGAUUAUCAUUAGAAAAUUUAGUAAUGUUUAUUCUUUCUACGCCUGUUCAAUUCAUUGGUGGAUAUCAUUUUUAUGUACAAGCUUAUAAAGCUCUAAAGCAUGGAUCAAGUAACAUGGAUGUGCUUAUAAGUAUGGCAACAAUCAUUAGCUAUCUUUAUUCGUGCAUUGUCUUGGCUAUAGCUAUAAUUGAACAGCAUCACACAUCACCAUUAACAUUUUUCGACACACCAGCUAUGCUGUUCAUUUUCGUCUCACUCGGUCGAUGGCUGGAAAAUAUCGCGAGAGGAAAAACAUCUGAAGCUUUAUCAAAGUUGAUGUCCUUAAAGCCACUUGAUGCCAUAAUUAUUACAUUAGGUGAUAAUAAAGAGAUUCUUAGUGAGAAGCUAAUCUCUGUGGAUUUAAUACAACGCGGUGACUUCCUUAAAGUACUUCCUGGUGCUAAAAUUCCAAUUGAUGGGAAAAUCGUGUCUGGAUCAAGUUCGUGUGACGAAAGCUUAAUAACUGGUGAAUCUAUGCCAAUUUUAAAGCGUGAAGGAUCAAUUGUAAUUGGUGGAUCGCUGAAUCAGAACGGAUUAAUAUUAAUGAUUGCAACGCACACAGGAGAAAAUACAACUUUAGCACAAAUAGUUAAAUUAGUUGAAGAAGCACAAACGUCAAAGGCACCGAUUCAGCAAUUGGCUGAUAAGAUUGCUGGAUAUUUUGUACCAUUAGUUAUAAUAACAUCGUUACUGACAUUAUUUGGAUGGGUAAUUGUUGGAUAUAUAAAUGUUGACUUGCUGCCAAUAUCAAUGCACGAAAAAGGAGAUUUUACAAAAAUGGAAAUUGUACUGAGUUAUGCAUUUAAGUGCGCCAUAAGUGUUCUUGCUAUUGCUUGUCCAUGCGCUCUGGGUCUUGCCACUCCAACUGCUGUUAUGGUUUCCACUGGAAUUGGAGCUCAAAACGGAAUACUAAUCAAAGGUGCCAGUCCACUAGAAAAUGCUCAUAAAGUCAAGACAGUAGUGUUUGAUAAAACAGGAACAAUCACGUAUGGAAAGCCAAUGACAUCAAAGAUCGUUAUGUUCGUAAAACCGAAUUUAUGUUCCUUAAAACGCGCCCUAACCGUCAUUGGUGCAGCCGAAAAUAGCUCCGAGCAUCCAAUCGCACGAUCUAUAGUAAAUUAUAUCCGCGAUUUCUUACAGAUUGAUUCAUUUGGCACGUGUGUAGAUUUUAUGAGCGUUCCUGGGUGUGGAAUACGCUGUACAGUAACAAAUUUCGACAAUUCAUUAAGCAAAGCGUCAAGAUCUGAAAAAGUCAUUAAUUUUGAGAAUGCAUACGACAGCAACAGGUCAAACGAGAAAAAUAUGCAGACAAUCAAUAACGUUAUCUAUGAGGAGCAUUUGCCAUCCAAUAAUCAUUUGUUGCUUGAAAAUGAAACAAGCAAUUCCGAAAAUGAAAAUCUGAGUAAAGUCACUAAAGUGAAAGUACUUAUUGGGAACCGCGAAUGGAUGCAUAGAAACGCUAUAAUAAUACCCGCAGACAUAAACCAAAUUUUACUAGCUGAGGAGUGUGUAGGUCAUACAGCAGUUCUUUGUGCUCUCAAUGACAUUCUCAUUUGUAUGAUUUCGGUGGCUGACAUGAUCAAGCCUGAAGCACAGCUGGCCAUUUAUGCACUCAAGAAAAUGAAUAUCAACAUAAUUUUGUUGACAGGUGACAAUAAAAAUACAGCAAGUAGUAUUGGUCAACAAGUUGGUAUACGGACGAUUUAUUCUGAGGUCCUUCCAUCACAUAAAGUUGCAAAGAUUCAAAAGAUACAGGAGAGUGGCAUUCGAGUGGCUAUGGUUGGCGAUGGAAUUAAUGACAGUCCAGCAUUGGUUCAAGCUGAUGUUGGAAUCGCUAUCGGAAAAGGAACUGAUGUUGCUGCUGAAGCUGCUGACGUUGUACUCAUGAGAAAUGAUCUUUUGGAUGUUGUCGCAUGUCUGGAUUUAUCAAGAAAGACUGUCAAAAGGAUUCGAUUAAACUUCCUAUUCGCCAGUAUGUACAAUCUUUUGGGCAUUCCAAUUGCUGCGGGUGUUCUUAGUCCUUUUGGGAUUUUAUUGGAGCCAUGGAUGGCCGCAGCAGCAAUGUGUGCGAGUUCCAUAACCGUCGUCUGCUCAUCACUCAUGUUAAAAUUAUAUCGAAAGCCAACAGCUGCAUCACUAACAACGUCUGAAUUUAAUACUUAUCUACAAUCUCUUAGUGACCUAGAUGACAUAUCUAUACAUCGAGGUUUAGACGAUAUUCCACGUCCCGUGUUCAAUAGAUCAAAUAGUUCAAUUAUCUCAAGAAUCAUCACAACUCUCAAAAACAAUAGCUCAGUAAAGGACCUCGAGUACGAUGCCAAGAGACAACGUUUGCUGAUCGGCGAUGAAGACGACUUUAAUCAUAACGCGUGAUACACACUUUGUAGUCCAAUCCUUAUUGUUUAUUGAUAUUCCA